AUGUAUUUGGAUCAUACAACUCAAACCUCAUUUAUUGUUCAAAGUACAUGUAAACUUCAGAACGAGCAAAAAUACACCAACAUGCAAGUUCAAGCUAAGUACGUUUACACAGGCGAACUUGAUCUAGAAAAUCUUUCAGGUGAAGAUACCCUAGGAUUAUUAAUCGCAUCUGAUGAAUUAUUGUUUGAAGAAAUUUUCAAACAUGUUCAAGAUCAUUUGAUUUCAAAUCAAGAUUGUUGGAUUCUACAGAACUUUACUUCAAAUAGUAAUAUUGCCGAGUGGGAUCAAGAGAAAUUUGAAGCAUUGCAGGAAACGCUGGAUCCAUUCAUUCCCCUCAUUCGAUUUGCGGAAAUUCCUCCCGCUGAUUUCUUUGAUAAAGUACGUCCUUAUAAAGCCGCAAUUUCUUAUCAGAUUUAUGAACAAAUAGAAGAAUAUCAUUAUAAAAAAUCUUUCAAACCAACACUUUUGCCGACUCGCGUAGAAAAUUUAGAAUCAUCAAUAAUUAAACCAAAGCUUGUGACUAUUAUUUCUAAUUGGAUCGAGAAAAAUGAUUCAAAUGUUUUUUCAUCUAAUAAUAGAUAUAGGUUCAAUUUGAUUUACUCAAGCACUCGGGAUGGUUUUAAUUGUAAUACAUUUAAUAUUAAAUGUAAUAAGCAAGGACCGUUCGUUGUAUUGAUAAAGGUUCAAUCAAAAGAAAUCUAUGGAGGGUAUAAUCCGAUCGGUUAUGAAUUAAGAGACGGAAAAUGGUUAAAUUCCUCGGACAGCUUUAUUUUCUCUUUUGAAAAUGAUCAAGAUUCGCAUAAUAUGAAAAUGAGUAGAGUAAUUAAUGUAAAUAAAUCUAUUUAUGAGCAUCGCGAUGGUUAUUUCAUUAAUUUUGGUGAUUGUUUAUAUAUUGAAGAGAGACAAAAACUUUAUUUACGUAAAAAUGUAACUUACUGUAGUAUUCGGAAUAAUGUUAAUUGUACUCUGCCCAUUGAAGAAAUUGAAGCCUUUAGUGUAGAAAAGAAGUAA